AAGGGAGAGUUUUUUCGGCUGUUCCUGGAUUGCAAUUCUUAUCAGCUGCGGUUGCAAAUCGCGAAUCUGAAGAAGUGAAUUAGUGCAGUCUUUAAAGUUCACGGUUUGGUGAUUGAUUUCUGUUGGUUGGUCAGAAUAGGAUAGUGGUUGGAAGCCAUCGGUUAUACACUUUGGUUUGAGUAGUCCAAAAAGGAGGAAGAGGCGCAUUCGAUAGGCGUGUGAAGUGCUGCCUGGAAGUGGUCCAUUCCAGAAUCUCGGUGCGGUUAUGAAUAAAUAAAUAUUGGAUUAAUUGGAUGCAUCACAAAUCGAUUAUUUCUGAUGUGCAUCCAGCGUGUUUUGUGUGUAUUUUGCUAUAGAGAGCGUGGCCAAAGUGGAUGAAAGUUUUCUUCAGCACCGGCUAGAUUCAUAAAGAGAAGAAAAAAAAAAAUAAAGCAGAAUUGUGAUUAAUGUUCUGGUUUAUUGAAAUCAGCGGCCACCGUUGUUAGUGAAGUAGAAAAGAAGAAGUUGGUUGGUUGUUGCAAAAGAGAGCGAGCACUGGGGAGUUGUUGUGGCUGGCUGCUCCAAUCCAUCGCUAAGCGGCAGGAUUCGUGAAGGCGAACCGUGGAAAGGAAAUCGAUAAAAUUUUCAGCACUGGGAAAUUAGUGGAGGCCUCAAGAUGGAAAACGUCACAGUGGAUCGUUCUGUAUGAGAGUGUCGUUUUCCUGGCGGUUUUUUGAGUGUGUUGUACAGGGAUUAAUUUUCGGUACAAAGUGGCGGAAGGAAGGGCCCUAAAGUUGUCCAAAGUGUGAGAUAAUUUGCAUAUAAAUUGGAUCCUGGCACGUAGAUAAAGUGAAAUAGACGAAAAAAAGUUGUUAAAUGUUUGGUGACCGACAGCAACACGGAAAAAAGUUGAAUGUGUGAAUUGAUUAAAGUUUAUCUUGUAAGCGCUCGUUCCCAAGGAUUCUACUAGCAUGGAGGAGGAACUACGUUGUCCUGUCUGCAAGCAGCUUUUCUCCAAUCCGGUGCUGUUGCCUUGCUACCAUGCCCUGUGUCUAGCUUGUGCCAUAGACAUUCAGAUUCCGGCGAAUCAAACCCAUCACGGUCCUGCAGUUCAUUUGCAUCAACAGCACUCACAAUCGUCGGCAUCGUCAGUUAGCACCGGUAGCUCAAGUGCGGCUGAGAGCGUCUCUUCAGAUCAAGAUCAGGCCGACAAAGUUAGCAUUUUGAGUGAGGCCGAUUCCGGGGUCAUCUGCUGCACAUCUCGACCCGGAUCCUACGCCGGCACUCCCAAUCUCCAGGGGCUACUUUUUCCACCCUCCAGUUCAGGGUCGGUCUUUUCCUUGGCUUGUCCAGUGUGCCGGAAAAUUGUAUUUUUCGACGAGCACGGAGCCCGCAACCUGCCCCUGUAUCGUGCUAUGGAGUCAAUCGUAGAUCGGUUCUGCGAACGGGAAGCUCUUCGUUGUCAAAUGUGCGAAACUGAACCACCCAAGGUAGCGUCAGUGGUUUGUGAGCAGUGUGAGAUUCGCUACUGCGAUGGCUGCCGGGAGCUUUGUCAUCCGGCACGUGGUCCGCUGGCCAAACACACCCUCACCAAGCCACGUGGCGCCUCUCAGCUUCGAGAGUCCAUCUGUGGUGAGCACAACGAGCCACUUGCCAUGUACUGUAUGGGCUGCAAGCUACCCAUCUGUAAUCAGUGCAUGGCCGAUAACCGUCAUCAGUCACACGACCUGCAAUCGAUCAUGGCGAUGUGCAAGGCUCAAAAGACUGAACUAUCCCACAACCUGCAGCAGCUAUCGGAGAAAGCCCGAUCGACGACAGAAUUCAUCCAAAGACUGAAAGGCAUGAGCGACAAAGUGACGGACUCCUGCAUCGAGUUCGAACGGUUAGUGACGGCCCAAUGUGAAGCGCUGAUAGAGGCCAUCCAGGCGCGGAGAGAAUGUCUGCUGGAAGCCAUCCGGCAAGAUAAAGACACCAAAAUCAGAACACUAAAGGAACAACAAGCGAGCUGUACGGGGAAACUCCAGCAGACCACCGGAUUGAUACAGUUCUGCAUCGAGGCGCUGAAAGAGACUGAUAGUGCGGCAUUUUUACAGGUUGGCUCGAUGCUGAUCAACAGGGUAGCAAAUACGGACAUGACGUGGCACCAGGAGGUAACGAAUGCAGCCCCUCGGGUUUCCCCUAUCAUCGAUCUGACGCUGGACGACGCCUCCCUGCAUCGGGCCAUCGACAACCUCAACUUUAUCCAGAUGAAACCCGCUAAAGAAGAAGAAGGAGAAGAAAGAGUCCCGGCAGCAGUCCCGCUGGCACCGAUCGUCCUGCCGGAGGAUUGCUCGGCGGAGAAUAACUCGGUAACGGUGGCGUGGCAGCCACCUAAUCACUCCUUCGUGCAGGGCUACGUGCUGGAGCUGGACGAUGGGAGCGGUGGAGAAUUCCGGGAAGUGUACUGCGGAAAGGAGACAAUCUGCACCGUCGACGGGCUGCACUUCAACUCGAUGUACAACGCCCGAGUCAAGGCCUUCAACAGCACCGGCGAGGGAGAGUACUCGGAACUCAUCGGCCUCCAAACGGCUGAAGUGGCCUGGUUCACCUUCGACCCGGUCCUGAGCGGCGGCCCCGGAUCCGGGCUGAACUUCUCCGAUGACAACCGGACCGUCUCUGUCGAUGGCUGGGAGCACCGGGUGGCCCUUGGAUCGGUUGGCUUUUCCCGUGGAGUUCACUACUGGGAGUUUACCAUCGAUAAGUACACGGCCGAUACGGAUCCUGCCUUCGGGGUGGCGCGAAUCGACGUCGACCGGGACAAGAUGCUGGGCAAAGACGACAAAGGUUUCGCGAUGUACAUCGACCGGCAGCGAUCUUGGUUCCAGCACAAUUCGGUCCACGAGCGCCGCGUAGAGGGAGGCAUUUCGAGUGGAAGCACCAUAGGCGUGCUGCUGGAUCUGGAACGGCACACGCUGCACUUCAUCGUCAACGAGAUGCCCCAGGGUUCGGUGGCGUUCCGGGAUCUGUACGGGGUCUUCUAUCCGGCCGUCAGCGUCAACCGGGGCGUCACACUGACACUCCACACGGGCCUCGAUGCGCCCCACAUGGACUAUCACUAGACGUCGUCGAACUCGGGAUGGCCAGAUGCCACGUGGUAGGAAUGGGGCGGCCACUUUAUUAUUAUUGUAUAGUAUAGUUGUAGGCUGUGCUCAGCUGCGGAAGCUUCUCCAUGACUGGUUGGCCGACUGAAUCUGCUCUUGGGGGGACGUUAUCUUUAAUUCAAAUUUCAUUCAAAUGAUUUUUGCAACCCGCCGCCAACCACGGAACUCCGGCACAGAUUUGAGGUCGACCGGAUCAGCUCCUCCCUAGAGCUAGCCUCAUUCAAACAUUUGCAUGCGCUGCCGUCCAGACCGCCAUAAUCGAAAUAUGGAUGCUGUCUGGGGAGGCUUGGCCAAACUGUGAGUUAUAUCAUCACCGAGCAGAGGAGCUAAGAGAGUAAGGCGGCUCCUUGAACGGCCCCCAGGCAGCCGGGUAGCCAGCCACCAGAAUGGAGGAAGACAACACUCCCGGACAGAAUCUCGGAAUAAAAAGAAAACUACAUAAUCAUG